ACUGCCGGGGGAACCCCAACUGCCUGGUGGGCAUCGGGGAGCACGCGUGGCUGGGCGAGAUCGACGAGAACACCUUCCACAACAUCGACGACCCCAACUGCGAGCGCCGCAAGAAGAACGCGUUCGUGGGCCUAACGAACCUCGGAGCCACGUGCUACGUGAACACUUUCUUGCAGAUGUGGUUUCUUAACCUGGAGCUUCGGCAAGCCCUCUACUUGUGCCCCAGCAGCGAGGACGCAGCUGGCGGGGGCAUCCCCAAAGACAGAGAUUAUGAGCCUCAGACCAUCUGUGAGCACCUCCAGUACUUGUUUGCCUUGCUGCAGAACAGCAAAAGGAGAUACAUCGAUCCCUCUGGGUUUGUGAAAGCGCUGGGCCUGGAUACCGGGCAGCAGCAGGAUGCCCAAGAGUUUUCAAAGCUGUUCAUGUCCCUCCUAGAAGAUACUUUAUCCAAACAAAAAAAUCCAGAUGUUCGAAACAUAGUGCAAAAGCAGUUCUGUGGAGAAUAUGCAUAUGUCACAGUCUGCAACCAGUGUGGCAGGGAGUCCAAACUCGUGUCCAAAUUUUAUGAGCUGGAGUUAAAUAUCCAAGGACACAAGCAGCUGACAGACUGCAUUACAGAGUUUCUUAAGGAAGAAAAACUAGAGGGGGACAACCGCUACUUCUGCGAGACGUGUCAAAGCAAGCAGAAUGCCACGAGGAAGAUCAGGCUGCUCAGCCUUCCGUGCACGCUCAACCUGCAGCUGAUGCGCUUUGUGUUCGACAGACAAACUGGCCAUAAGAAGAAGCUGAACACCUACAUCGGCUUCUCGGAGCUGCUCGACAUGGAGCCUUUCAUGGAACAAAAAAAUGGUGUCUACGUGUAUGAACUUAGUGCAGUCCUCAUACACAGAGGUGUGAGCGCCUACUCCGGGCACUACAUCGCGCACGUAAAGGAUCCGCAGACGGGCGAGUGGUACAAGUUCAACGAUGAAGACAUAGAAAAGAUGGAGGGGAAGAAAUUGCAGUUGGGGAUUGAGGAAGAUCUAGCGGAGCCCUCCAAAUCGCAGAGCCGCAAGCCCAAGUGCGGGAAGGGGACGCACUGCUCCCGCAACGCCUACAUGCUGGUGUACAGGCUGCAGACCCGCGAGAAGGCGCCCGCGGUGCAAGUGCCAGCUUUCCUGCAGGAGCUGGUCGAGCGCGACAACUGCAAGUUUGAGGAGUGGUGCAACGAGAUGGCGGAGAUGCGCAAGCAGAGCGUGGCCCGGGGCAAAAUCAAGCACGAAGAGGUGAAGGAGCUCUACAAAAGGUUACCUGCUGAAGCUGGCUCCGCGUACGACUUCAUCUCCCUCGAGUGGCUGCAGAAGUGGCUGGAUGAGUCCACUCCUCCGAAACCUAUAGAUAACACAGCCUGCCUGUGUUCCCACGGGAAGCUCCAUCCCGAUAAAAUAUCAAUUAUGAAGAGGAUAUCGGAGUAUGUGGCUGACUUCUUCUACAGGCGAUACGGCGGGGGACCCCGGCUCAAUGUUAAAGCACUUUGCAAGGACUGCGUGGUAGAAAGAUGUCGAAUACUGCGGCUGAAAAACCAGUUAAAUGAAGACUACAAAACUGUUACAAACUUGCUGAAAAUAACCGUAAAGGGGAAUGACGGGUUUUGGGUCGGAAAAGCGUCCCUGCGGAGCUGGCGUCAGCUGGCCCUGGAGCAGUUGAACGAGCAAGACGAGGAUGCGGAGCCCAGCAACGGGAAAGUGAACGGGAAUGCACAAAACAAAGACGAAUCAAACGAAGAGAAAAGAGAAGAGGAAGAGGAGUUAAAUUUUAAUGAAGACAUUGUUUGCCCACAUGGUGACCUGUGCAUAUCGGAAAACGAAAGGAGGGUGGUUUCGAAAGAAGCCUGGAGGAAACUCAAGCAAUAUUUUCCAAAGGCCCCCGAAUUCCCGAGUAACAAAGAGUGCUGUUCCCAGUGCAAGAUUUUGGAGCGAGAAGGAGAGGAGAAUGAAGCUCUGCAUAAGAUGAUGGCUACUGAGCAGAAGACGUCGCUCCAGAACCUGUUCCAUGAUAAAUGCAGGCCUUGCCUCGGCAGCUGGCCUCAGGAGACAGAUGAGCUGUAUAUCGUAUCGCAGUUUUUUGUGGAAGAAUGGAGGAAAUUUGUCAGGAGGCCGACGCGCUGCAGCCCCGUGUCCUCGGUGGGAAACAGCGCCCUGCUCUGCCCCCACGGGGGUCUGAUGUUCACCUACGCUUCCAUGACCAAAGAAGACUCCAAACUUAUAGCUCUAAUAUGGCCCAGCGAGUGGGAGCGGAUUCAAAAACUGUUUGUGGUGGAUCACGUCAUCAAGAUCACCAGGACGCCCGGCGCCGACGCCGAGAGCGCGCUCUACGCCUCGGAGCCCGAACUCUGUCCAGAAUGCAGAGAAGGGCUCUUAUGCCAGCAGCAGCGGGACUUGCGUGAGUACACCCAAGCAACCAUCUACAUCCAUAAAGUGGUGGAUAAUAAAAAGGUAAUGAAGGACGCUGCUCCAGAGCUGAACGUGAGCAGCUCAGAAGCUGAAGAGGAAAGGGAGGAAAACAAACCAGAGGGGGAGCAAGACCCAGAUUUUAACCAGGCCAACGGCGGCGCGAAGCGCCAGAAGACCUCGCACCAGAGCUACGUCGCGUACCAAAAACAGGGCAUCCGGCGGAGCACGCGGCACCGCAAGGUCCGGGGGGAGAAGGCGCUGCUCGUUUCUGCCAACCAGACGUUGAAGGAACUGAAAAUCCAGAUCAUGCAUGCAUUUUCAGUUGCCCCCUUCGACCAGAACCUGUCGAUCGACGGGAAGAUCCUGAGCGAUGACACAGCCACGCUCGGCAGCCUGGGAGUCAUCCCGGAAUCCGUCAUUUUAUUAAAGGCUGACGAACCCAUCGCGGAUUACGCGGCGAUGGACGACGUGAUGCAAGUUUGUAUGCCCGAAGAAGGAUUUAAAGGGACUGGUUUACUCGGACACUGAUGGUUUUUCUACGUGCUGGCGGCAGAGGAGCGACCAGAAGGGAAGAGGUUUGACAUGGUAGGGCAUUAAAAGACAAAGGUGGCUACAGGACCCAACAGUUGCUUGACUCUUCCAGAAGGCAGAAACCCAUUCUGAAAUGACUGCCCCCCAAAAUGCCUUAUGUCAAAGCAGAUUGCACUGAAGGACACCCUGACUUCGAGAGAACGUUUCGAGUUUUAUAUUUAAUAAAGCAAAAGUAAGGUUGGAAAAAAGUUUUAGUAG